AUGCAGAACGUGUUCCAUACCUCAACAUUUACUCCACUAUUGAGCUCAUCGAGUCGGGGAAAUCUCGGGGUUGGUGGUUCAAACAUCUGUUACAUCUCCGAUCCAGACACAAAUUAUUUGAUCAAUUUGGAAAUGCCAUUACACGAAAAUGUCGAUAUUGGGAUGCCUACCCGGAGCAACGCAACUUUUGUGAUCCCAGGAAACGACUACAAAACGGUGACGAACAACGUCACGUCGAUGAACUGGAGCAAGAACGACUACAGGCCAAAUAAAGAAUCGUUGUUGGUUUGUUGGAAUUGCCAAACCCUUGUUAUGUACACUGAGCAAAAGAACAUGACGACGCCAACAGAGUUAUGGAAGAUUGAGAAGAAUGUCAGUGAGUUACUUCAUGACAAGUUGGAGAAUAUAUGGAGCGACGAAGAUAAAAACAACGAAACGAAUCACGAGGAAGAUAGUGACACAUUGAUUAAGAGGGGAUACGAACUCUUCAUAAUAAAUGCUGUAUUUACAGAGAAUAAUAAUGCUAUUGUUCUAACACCAAAUUCGUUGUUUCAUAUCAACUUAUUUUCCGAUGAAGUCACAUUAGUCGAACUUGAAAAUGACAGCAAGAAUGUUGUGACAUAUCCACAAGACGGGAAAUUGUUUUGUAUUGUUGGAAAUAUCUUUGGUCAGCUGGAUGUGUAUUGUUUUCAAGACGGGAACUUCACAACAAAAAGAACAAAAAUACUCGACAAGGACUUUUGUUUGCCGAACAGCCUUGUCAUUAUACAAAACAAACUCUUUGUGCUCAAGUCGACAUUCAUGUACAUUGUGGAUUUGACAAAUUACGAUGUAGUAGAAAGGCUCUGUGUUGGUCUAGUCAGCUCAUUGUUAAAAAGUAGUGACGGAAAUAUAUUGUUACACGACUAUAAUAACACAGUCAGAGUGUUUGACGUUGGAAAGCAUACAAUAGAUUUUGUGUGUGAGAAUGCAGUCGCAGUAACUGAGAGUUGUGGGUGCGUCUCAGUCUUAAUUCCCCAACAAAACGUUUUGAACCAUUCGAUAUACCCAAACCACUUGCUUAUGCGAUUUAAGAACAUUCAACACCAACAAAGUGGUGUUUUUGAAAGACAUUGUAUCAACGAAAUGGAGGUGAUGUGGGACAAAAUGAAAACAUUGACCACGCAGUUUCGAAGUAAUGGAACCCUGUUGGAGCGCGAUGACACACAAAAAAAGAUUAUUGAAUUAAGACGCGAGAUAAGUUUCUUUAUCUUGAUGAAGUUGUUUGCAAUACUUUUUGAAGAAAAGAUCGAAUUCCAAAACAUCCCAAAAGAACUCCAAGAAAUGGUUUUGAACUACGAGUCUUACAUUGGUCAUUUUGAAUGCCCUGUUUAUUACCAACAAUAUCUUGUGGAGUCUAAGGGUAUAUGCCCACUCUGCAAAAAGCCAAGUGAAUUACAUAGCGGGAUUUCUGUGUGCGAGUUGAAUCACCAAUUCGACAUCUGUUCAAACACAAAACAAACAGUGUUGUACCCUUAU